GUAAAGAAAAUUGUUCCUAUCGUGGCAAGGGUGAUUUAAGACUCAAAACAGCCUCCAGGAGCACCCCCAGAGCACAGCAGAGGCUGGAGGACUCCAUUUUGAAGGGACCGGGUGUGCAGCCAGAGACUGCACAGCAACUCGUCUCAGGAAAGGAAACCCUUCUGUUUUUCCGGGUAGCCUGCUGCACCAUUUCACUGCUGCUCAGACGUGGAGGAACCAUGCCAGCAUGAGUGGGCCUUACCCAGGCCCUGGCAGGGAGACUCAUCAGUCCAGCUGCCCUUUGACCCCCGGCCGCGACCUCUCCGCCCACUCCUUUGCCUCCAGACAGCAUGACCACAGGAUCGGUCUAACCAUGUCUGCCACCACCUCCUCCCUCAAACAUGCUUCCAUCUAUGGAUUCACACACAGGGACCACUCUUCCUCCUCCUCUUCUUCUUCCUCCUCCUACAGUCCCCUCAGGAGGCUGCAACAUCUGACCACCAUGGUGAGCCAACCUGACCUGGUCCUGCCAGUAAGGGAGCCAGAGAGGAGCUGGGAGUGGGGGAUGAGUAAGAAGGAGCGGGGGAAGGGGAUGGAGAAGGACUCCUGGGCUGACCGUACCAGCAGUGAUUAUUCUGGCACCCAGAACACGAGCAGGGAGGAGAGCUUUGGUAGCUCCUCUGCUGGACAAAAAAAACCUGUGGCCCAAACUAAACGUGGAGACCUGCCAGCACCCAUUCGUAGCGAUCCCGUAGUGUCCGAGAAAAAGACAGAAGGUUGUUUCUCAGGCCCGCCCAGCCCGGCCUUCUCUCUCGAUAGCAACAGCCCCUUCGCUAACGGCUUCCUUCACUUUGAAUCUUCUUUGUUUGAGGAUGACGACAAUGAUGAAGAGCAGCAGACGGUGUCACCUCUGGGAGGCUUGCAGGACAAACACGAGCAGGUGGAGAAUGUUCUUCCGCCCACUCCUGGACACGUGAAUUCGGACUCCAAGGAUGCUACCCUGUCGUCAGCCAAGGUCAUCACCCGGUCGCAGUCCUCGGGUCAGCGCAGGAGAUACUGGGACGGCUCGGAUGACGAGUGGGAGAGCGACACCGAGCUGUUCCUGCUUGGAGAUAGUCCCUCAAGGCAUUCAAUGCCGAACAGCCUCAAGAAAAAGUCUGUGCCGCCUGUGAAGUUUUUAGAAGGUGAAGUCAUUUGGGCAAAGUUCAACCGAAGACCAUGGUGGCCCUGUAAGGUGACCGUUGACCCUGUGCAGGGAAUCUAUCACAGAGUGAAAGAGCCCAGUGACCGGCCGUGUCGGCUCUACCAUGUCAGGACCUUUGGGGAGCCUGUGGAGCUAACCUGGGUGGAGGACAAGGCAACUCACAGUUUCCACGGAGGCUUUGAAUUUGAACAGCUCCCCCUACUGCGCCGGAGGGGGAAGCAAAGGGAGCAGAACUACAAAUACACUAUUGCAAAGCGUUAUCAGGACUCUUGGAAAUCCAGUGUGGCAGAAGCUGAAUUUGUUCUACAAGAGAGACCCAAAGUAGCUUCCUCUUUUCCUUCGUCCAUAGAUGAUACCUCCCAAGAAAGUUCCACACCGGAAAUAGAGGACAAGGCCCAUCAAACCUUUCCUAACCCCUCUUCACCACUUCCUGAGACAUUGCACUUGACCAAUGGAUCCAUAUCAUCCCCAACUACAGCUCCAGUUAAGCCAAGCACUUUAAGGAAAUCUACUUGCAAGAAGAACUUAAGUAAAUCAAAGGAUAUGAGUAGCAAAAACUCUAAAAAGACAUUGCAUAAUAGCCUCGACCAAUCAGAUAGAGACAAUGGAGAGUGCCCAUAUUCUGACCUCGACUCAGUCCCUAAGAUUUUAUGUCCUAAAGCACUUGAACGUCAAUCUAAGCUAGUUCCAACUCAGCCAUCUGUUACAGUUGUCAAAGAGGUGAAGAAGCAGCCAGAGAUUCAGAGUGGUCUUUGGUUUAGUAAAUCAGGCAAAGACAGACGACCCAAAACGACCAGUCCGAUGCCAGACCGCACUCUCUUUAGUAAGGUGCCCUGUAAGAAGAAGACCUCAUCUGUUGUAAGUAAAAAGACACUGGUUCCUUGUGCCUCCUCCUCCAGUGGUGGGCUCAGUGACCAGUUAGGGUUGUCAGAGAAGCAUAAGACUCUGGUUCCUGCUGAAACAAAUCUGUCAUCUGAGCAGUCAGGACAUUCAAAGUGUAAAAACACACUGGUUGCUAACAGGCCUUUUGGUACAACUGACUCGCCCACUGACCAGUCAGGAUUGUCAGACAAGCAUAAAACUCUGGUUCCUGCUGAAACAAACCUGUCACGAGAACAAUCAGGACAUACAAAGCCUAAAAAUACCCCGGGUGCAAAUAAGCCAUUUGGUGCAACUGGCAGUCCCACUGACCAGUCAGAAUCGUUGGAGAAGUCCUUGGUCUCUGUUGAGACUGAUGUGCCCUCUGAAAAGUGUGGAUAUCCAAAGGGUAGACAGACUGCCAGCAAUACAACAGACACUGCUGCUGGCUCACUGAUUGACCAGUUAGGCAGCUCAGAUGUUAAAAAGACCUCAGAGCCAAGCCCAGUCACAGUCAAUGACCAAUCCAAGUUGACUGUAAAGAGCAUCAGUCGAACUGUGCAUUCUGACCCGAUAGCUGCUAAAAAGGUCCAUGCAACUGACAGGAUUUCUGACCAAGCAGAGGAAAAAGAAACUAAGAAGAGUCCAGCAUCCACUUUAGAUAUUGACACAUUAGCAAGGCUAGAAAAGCAAAGAAGUCUGGUCUCUAAGUGUAGGCUGCCCUUUGUCAAAUUAAUACGCAAGGACAUAAAGGGUAAGAAGUUCCUUAACUCCAGUGUAACCCCUAGUCCCAAGGACCAACCUAGAUGUACAAAGAAUGAAGAAACACCAGACAGUGAUGUGACUAAAUUGUCCUCUAAACAAUCAGAUCGAUUGGACAGCAAGGCAAGUGUCUCCAUAGAUCAGCUAGUCAGUUCAGAAUCCAUAAAGGUCUCAGUUAAGAAGUUAAAAGCAAGCGGUGGGAGUGGCGUUCUUCGUCUCUCGUCAGAAUCAGCACAAGGUAAAAGUAUUGUUGCCACCAGUGUGGCAAGUGUGUCUGAUAAGUUAGAUAGCCCAGAAGCAGAAAGGGUUUUAAAUGUAAGCCAGGAAAAUGUGACUCACUCAUCCUCUAACCAAUUGGACCAGUCAGAAGGUAAGAAGACUCCUCCAUCCAGUGAAACAAGCGUGUCCUCUGAAGAAUCAGGCAACCCACAGCAAAACAUUACUCCUGCUGCUUGUGCUGCUCUUAAUACAACCCCUGUAACUCCUAUCCAACAGCCUUCCUCCCAGCAUGAGAAUUUAGUCUGUAGGAAAGCUCAUGUGCCCGAAAGCCUGUCUUCUGUGAAAGCCAAGAAAGUUGUCCACAAGUCAAAGCAGGUUCCAGAUGAAGUAAAGAAAGUCCUACUCCAUGAGCAGCCUGCCCACCUCCCAGCUAGCAGUCGACUGAUGACCAGGGCCCUGAAGGCCAUGCAGGAGGCAGAACAGAAGAAGCGUGAAAAAACCCGAAAGGAGGCUGAGCAGAAAGAACCCUUAAACCUGCACAGAAACGCUAAGGACAUAGUGUGCAACUCUGUGCGUAAGUCCAAAUUGGACUUUUCCACUAAAGUGAAAUCUCAUAAAUCUCAUUGUAAUGAAAAUGGCGAGUGUGAUCAGGACACAUUUUCUAGCUGUAGGACUCCGUCUUUGACGUUUUCUGAUUCAGUUGACUUUGAAGUUGAUGUCAAGAGCGAAGAUGAAGACCUCUCACUAUCCUCAACUCCACCAAUGGACUUCAUACCACUUACUUCAAGGGUAAAGGCAAAGAAGGAAGAUCAUUCCUCUGACUUACACUCCUCUUCCUCGCCUCCCUCACCAUUUUCUUUUAUGAAUGCCUUUAAAAACCUGGAGGAGGUGUCCUUCCAGUCCUUGACAAAUGAGGGUGAUGGUAAACCCGUCUCUUUCAAACCAGACACAAACUACAAGUUCAGCACUUUUCUCAUGAUGCUGAAGGAUUUGCAUGACACUAGAGAGCGAGAUGGGACCCCCUUAGAACUGGAAAUUGGGCCACCAAGUGCACAUGUUAAGGAGGAACCCUUAGUGAUGCCUGGGGAAGCUACAUUUGCAGGUCAAGACCAACAAAUUGAACACGUUAGCAUUUCAAAUUCAAGACCAGAUAAGACUGAAAUCAAAUACAAUGAAGAGAUUACAAGUCAGACAUCUAAGAGGCCCUAUAACAGAAGGAGCAGCUCCACUGGGGUGAGAAAGAAAGUCAACCGCAAAGUGCCUUGUCGUCCUGCCAGGUCUGGACCUGGUUUCCCAGGACUGGAAUCUUUGCCAGCAGUGGACUCUUCAUCAGAGGUAGAUUUCUCAUCAAGAGUCCAGUCCCUGUUUGGCAUACAGACAAGCAGCUGGGAGAGGCAGGGUGGAGGUGGUGAAGGAAUGGUUGGUGAGGAGGAAGAGGAGGAUAGGUGGAGCCGAGUAACUGAGAAUCUACAGAACACGGUGCCUUUGGAGCAGAGGGGGUGCGACACUACACUGUGUCUGGAACAGCCGAAUGGCCUUGUCACGGACUGCACUGGGACUACCAGAAGCUUGAUGCACAAUGCUGGAGAAAGUGACAAGGCUCCAAAAGCUCAUAAGCGAAUAAGAAAACCAAGCAAGAGGCUGAUUGAGUGGACUGAAGAGUAUGAUCAGAUUUUCUCCACCAGGAAGAAAACCAAAAAGCCUCUCCAGUCGAUUGGAAAGGCCUCUCAGCCCGUUACGUCCAUGCCCGAACCCCCAGGAUCGGACAGCAGUUCACAAGACCACCCGUCCUUGAACCUGCUUCCCGAAAUACAGACACCACCUCCUGAGGAAAGUGCUGCAACAACGCCUUCUGAGCUACAAAUUCCCAGCACUGAAAACACAACUACCCAAGAUGCACCGGUGCUAUCCAUCGACACACUAACCCCUCCUCCUGAAGCUGACCCCUCGCUGUCAGAGGGCCUCGGCAAAGACAACGGAAACGCUGCUGUACUGGAGAAGAAGAGGAAGAGGAAACCAACUCAAAAGAUCCUGGAGUACUGUCUGGAGGCAGAGGCUGCAACAGGCCCCAAGAAGAAGGUCAAAACACUGAAGAAUAAUUCAAAUCCUGCACCUCAUUCAGAUUCUGGACCGUCACCUGUAAAAUCAAAGAGUAAGCAGCUCACAGCAGUCAGCUCCACACCGACAACCACAGAGGUUUCCACCUGUGCACCCACGGAUCCCUCUCCCAGCUCUCCUGUACCAUCCACUCCAACACCGGCCCCGCCAGAACCCGCCCGGGUGGAAACACCGUCAACAGACGUAGAUGCUCGUCAAACAGAGGACAAAAAGGACACAGCAGAAUCAGAGGGUGACCCGUCCAGCUUGGAUCACAGUUUCUCCUCCAUGAAGGACGAUUUUUCGCUGUGUGACGAUCCACUUCUACCCUCGCGGAAGAUCAUAGGGGACCGAGGAGGUCCUGCCUCCAUGAAGGAGAAUAUAUGUCAGGUGUGUGAGAAGACAGGGGAGCUGCUGCUGUGUGAGGGUCAGUGCUGUGGAGCUUUCCACCUGGCCUGCAUCUCUCUGGCUGAGGCCCCUAAAGGGAAGUUUGUCUGUCCAGAGUGCAAAUCAGGCAUCCACACGUGCUUUGUCUGUAAGAAGCGCAGUGAGGACGUGCGGCGCUGCAUGAUUCCUGUGUGUGGGAAGUUUUACCACGGCGAGUGUAUCGCCAACUUUGCCCCGACCGCACCUGUGAACCGAGGCUUUCGCUGCUCCAUCCAUGUCUGUCUCACCUGCUUCAUCACCAACCCCAACAGCUCGUCCAUCUCUAAAGGUCGUCUGGUUCGGUGUGUGCGCUGCCCGAUAGCCUAUCACGCUACAGACCUUUGCAUGGCAGCAGGCAGCGUCAUCCUCUCCAACAACAGCAUCAUAUGUCCCAACCACUUCACCCCCCGCCGUGGUGUCAAGAACCACGAACAUGUGAACGUCAGCUGGUGCUUCGUCUGCACCGAAGGGGGCAGUCUGCUGUGCUGUGAGUCCUGUCCUGCUGCGUUCCACCGAGAGUGUCUGAACAUGGAAAUGCCGAAAGGCAGCUGGUACUGCAACGACUGCAAGGCGGGGAAGAAACCUCGAUACAAGGACAUCCUCUGGGUGAAGGUUGGGCGGUACAGGUGGUGGCCAGCGGAGGUCAGCCAUCCCAAAACAAUCCCAGAGAACAUUCAGAGGAUGCGGCACGACGUUGGGGAGUUUCCCGUCCAUUUCUUCGGCUCCAACGACUACCUGUGGACCUACCAGGCCAGAGUCUUUCCUUAUAUGGACGUGGACGCCAACAGCAAAGAGAAAAUGGGGAAAGGUGUUGAUGCCACCUACAAGAAAGCUUUGGAGGAGGCGGCUGUUCGAUUCCGUGAGCUGCAGGCGGAGAAGGAGCUCCGGCAGCUUCAGGAGGACAGGAAGAACGACAGGAAGCCUCCGCCAUACAAACAUAUCAAGGUGAAUCGACCGAUAGGAAAAGUUCAGAUCGUUACAGCUGACCUGUCAGAGAUCCCGCGCUGCAACUGUAAGGCGACAGAUGAGAGUCCGUGUGGGAUGGACUCGGAGUGCAUCAACCGCAUGCUGCUGUACGAAUGUCACCCACAGGUUUGCCCAGCGGGCGAGCGCUGCCUCAACCAGGCGUUCACAAAGCGUCAGUAUAGCCAGGUGGAAAUCUUCAGGACGCUGUCUCGAGGCUGGGGGCUCCGCUGUGUCCACGACAUCAAGAAGGGUCAGUUUGUGAGCGAGUACGUCGGGGAGGUGAUCGAUGAGGAGGAGUGCAGGUCCAGGAUCAGACACGCCCAGGAGAACGACAUCUGUAACUUCUACAUGCUGACUCUGGAUAAGGACCGAAUCAUCGAUGCCGGGCCAAAGGGGAACGAAGCUCGCUUUAUGAACCACUGCUGUCAGCCUAACUGUGAGACACAGAAGUGGACGGUGAGCGGAGACACCCGGGUGGGACUGUUUGCCCUUGUUGACAUCGCUGCAGGCACAGAGCUCACCUUUAACUACAACCUGGAGUGUUUGGGAAACGGGAAGACGGUCUGUAAAUGUGGAGCACCAAACUGCAGCGGCUUCCUCGGUGUCCGACCAAAGAACAACCCUCCGUCUGAAGACAAAGGUCGCAAGCUGAAGAGGAGGGGUCACGGCAAGAGGAAGAACAAGCAGGUGGUGACCAAAGAGCGAGAGGACGAGUGUUUCAGCUGCGGAGACGGAGGACAGAUGGUUUCCUGUAAGAGACCCGGCUGUCCCAAAGUUUACCACGCUGACUGUCUCAACCUCACCAAGAGGCCUGCAGGUCGUUGGGAAUGUCCGUGGCACCAGUGCGAUAUAUGUGGUAAAGAUGCCGCGUCCUUCUGCGAGAUGUGCCCGAGCUCCUACUGCAGCCAGCACCGCGACGGCCUGCUCUUCAUCUCCAAGCUGGAUGGCAAACUGUGCUGCAGCGAACACGACCCGUGUGGACCUGAACCGCUGGAGCCAGGUGAGAUCCGGGAGUACACACCAGAGACCAGAGCCCUACCCCCGGGACUCGGCAUGGCCGUCAUCCCCUCUGCUGCUACUAACACCACCGCCAGUCAGAGCCCGACCGCCAGGAAAGUCCAGGAGAUCAGUGCUGGCGCUGGCACGUGUGCCUCCGAGUCGCUUCCUGCUUUUUCCAUCCCGGUACCCAUCACUAUCCCCGUAGCCGCACCAGCGUCCUCACCUCCGCCCAGCAGCUCCGACGCUCCCAGCAGCCCACCGGUGUAUGACCUCCCGCACUACUCGCCCAUCUCCUCGUAUGAGGAGGAGAGGGAUGUCUUAGAGGACGAUGAGGACGAGGAGCUGCUGGAGGAAGUGGAGGAGGACUCAGAGGAGGACGGGGAGGUGGGGAGGCAGAAAUCAGAUCACGAGGAGGAUGGAGAGGUGAUGGAGUACCUGGAGAUCAAAGAGGACGAGGAGGAGGAAGAGGAGGAAGAGGAGGAGGAGGAGGAGGAGGAGGAAGAGGAAGAAGAAGAAGAGGAGUGACACACAGUGGAUUAUUAUUUUCAGUGGCACAGAACAACUGCUGCACAUGAGCAGUCACUACAGCGAGGAAGAUUAACCAAUCACAAGCAGCCCAGUCUGUCACUGUUUGUAUCCAGAGAGCAGGUGGACGCACGGAGGCAUUUCUUAGGACAAAACUAAAUCAACACAAAUAAAUUCAUAAAUCAAAUAAAUAAACACUGUAAAGAACCAUAGAUACACAGACAGAGAUAUUAUUUAUUUAGUAUUUAUUUAGUUAUGUCCUAUGAAUCGCUCCUCGGCUCAUGACGCAGUGACUUUGCACACACUGGCGCUGACUGCACCUAGAUAUGGGAGAUCUGACACCGAAAAUUAUCUGGAACUUCUACACACAGUAGAACUUGGGAUUUGUAAACAUAUUUCACUACUUGUUUUCUCACCUGCUGGUUUGUUUUGGUAUUUCUUCUCACUAGUAUUUGAGCAAAAGAAAAAAAAAAGCUUAAUGUAGUUGGAGACUGUUAUUGUAUCUGCAGAGCCGGUGUGUACUGUAGGUGUUUCGUGCUAGAAAAGACUGCACUGUAGCUUCCUGUCAAGGUAGGGGGAACUCUUCGGUCUUCGGUAAACGAACUGGAUUUGGUAAUGUUUGAAUCAGAUGGUGGCCACGUUUUAAAAAGCACCACAACAUUUCAUUAUUGAACUUUGCUCCAAAUUAUGGCUGCAGUCAACAGCAGAAAAUUCUGGUUGACUGAAGUUCAGCCUUGUCUUUAACAAAUCAGUUUAUUGGUCAAAAAGUUGACUAAAUUGGUCACAGUGUGCCCACAGUGUGGUAGCGUUUUGUGGCCACCAAAGGGUUUUUUCUCAAGGCCAGUAUAUUUUUGUUUCUUUUCAACAGGAGCGCUGCAUAUCUACACUUUACCAAGAAUUCCAGCAGAUUGAGAGGUGCUAUUUGAGUGUUUAUUUUGCACUGACUGCUGCAUGUUUGACAUUUUUUCUGGUUGCCAAGAGUUGAAAAAUGUUCAGUUUUGGAUAAAACGCUGUGGCUGCUACUCUGUUACUUUUUACCAAGCCAUCUAAUCACAGUGGAAAGAAAAGAAACCAUUAACAGUAACAACAGAGGAGAAAUUAAAACACAAAGGCCCCCAGGAACGCAGCUCAGUCUGACUUCCAAAUUUUCCAGUGGCUAGUCACUAUACUGCAGCAAAGACAGCAGCUCAAAAAUGAUUUCCCCCAUAGACCACCACCAUAAAAGAAACGUUUGUGAAACUGCAAACAAGGGGAAUUAUAAACUUUUGAACCAUGGAGGUUGUAAAUUUGUGAAACUUUCCUUAAGCUAAAAAAAUCAAAGUUUAAAUCAGUGAUGUCAUCACAACGUAAAGUCUAUCAGCCGAGCCGGAGCAUGUGGGCGGAGCCAGUGGCGCUAACACUACUGUACAUAUUUGGUCGGCUGCAUACCGCAAAAGUAAACCCAGAAGCUGGAAUUUUUUUCACCUAUAAACCAAAUUAGCAAUUCUAAUGAAUUGAAUAGGCACCUUCAUGGUGCCCUGUAUCUAGUUAUGAUUAUACAUCCGUGGCUCAUCUUCUCUCCCUACGUGCUGUUUGCCUUUAUUUGAUAGGACAGCUUAAGCGUGAAGCGGGGAGAGAGAGGGGAAAACAUACAGCAAAGGGCCAA